UAUUUCCAUUUGAACAUAUGUAGAGUUAAAUGCAGAUCCUGUAGAAGUGUUUUAUGAAUAUAUUUUCCGAAUAGAAUCAAAUAUGCAUAGAAUUCGGAACAGAACUGACUCCUUUUACAGUCCCUGAAGCUAACAUACUGAAAACAGUUAUUGUGUAGUUAUCAUAGUGUGAAGAUUAUUUCACUGUGAUUUUAAUAUAUUGAGUGAUAUAUUUGAGAAAAAUAGUCUGGAUUUAAAAUUAAUAUGCAGUUUCAUCCUAGUGAAGAAUGUUGGAAAUAAUGUUUGUUGCAGGGCAGCAGCAGACCACAGCAUGGAUAACACCACGGCCAUGCUGCAGGAGUGGGUGUCGGGAGUGGAGGGACUGUAUCAUUCCGUACGAUUCCAGACCACGGAACAUGGGAGCAGUUCCUAUGCUGAUGAGCUCGGCCCCAAGCACUGGCCAGAUUCCAGAUUCAUCCAUGUGAUGAAGUUGAGGCAGGCUGCUCUCCAAUCAGCUCGGGCUCAGUGGGCUGACUACAUCCUGUUUGCAGACAGCGAUAACUUGUUGACGAACCCGAAGGUCCUGAGCCAGCUGUUAGCCGAGAACCGCACACUGGUGGCCCCUAUGUUGGAAUCCAGAACGCUUUAUUCUAACUUCUGGUGUGGAAUGACUGCACAGGGAUAUUAUAAGAGAACUGAUUCCUACAUUCCCAUUCGAAACUGGCAGAGGGUUGGGUGCCACGCUGUGCCAAUGAUUCACUCCACCAUGCUGCUGGAUCUACGCCGCUACACCAGCCGUGCCUUGACCUUCUACCCGCUCCACCAGCUCUACCCAUGGAUCCUGGAUGACAUCCUGGCAUUCUCCUUUUCAGCCAGACAGGCAGGAGUACAGAUGUUUGUGUGCAACAGAGAGCAUUAUGGGUAUUUGCCUGUGCCACUGCUGACCCAGCAGACUCUGGAGGAUGAGACGGAGAGCUUCAGACACACACUCACCGAGGCGAUGACUGAUUUCGCCUUGGAGCCUACACGUUAUUUACACAAGGCAUCGAGAAACAAAGAGCGAAUGGCGUUUGACGAGAUCUACAUCAUUAAUCUACUGAGGCGCACGGACCGUAGGUCACGGAUGUUGCGGACUUUGGAUGUUUUAGGGAUUGAAGUGACGUUGGCUGAUGCAGUGGAUGGCAAGGCUUUGAACUCAUCACGGCUACAGGUUUUGGGGAUUGAGAUGCUGCCCAGCUACAGAGACCCCUACUCUGACAGAGCGCUCACUAAAGGAGAGAUCGGAUGUUUUCUCAGCCAUUACAACAUCUGGAAGCAGGUGGUGGAACGUAAGCAACAGCAGGUACUUGUGCUAGAGGAUGACAUUCGCUUUGAACUUAACUUCAAGAAACGCCUGAACACAAUUAUGAAGGACGUACAGCGGACGCGGCUCCAGUGGGAUUUGAUAUACGUGGGCCGUAAGCGGUUGCAGGUGAAGAAUCCAGAACGCUGGGUGCAGGGGAUAAAGAACCUGGUUUACCCUCAUUAUUCCUAUUGGACUCUGGGAUACGCUCUCUCUCUUCAAGGUGCUAAGAAACUGCUGGAGGCAAAACCUUUGGGCAAAAUGCUGCCAGUAGAUGAGUUCUUGCCGGUUAUGUUCAACAAACACCCCAAGGAAGAGUACCUGGCUCACUUUAAGCAGAGGGACCUGAUAGCUUUCUCAGUGGAACCUCUCCUAAUCUACCCAACCCACUACACAGGAGAACCCGGCUAUAGCAGUGACACUGAGACAUCUACCAUCUGGGACAACGAGAGCAUUAACACAGACUGGGACCACCAGCAUUCCAAUGAAAAGCAGAACCGUGGAGAUGCACCCACUUUACCUACUUCAGAUGGGGGCAGCAGGGAUGAACUCUAAGUUAAUCAGUCACAGGGGGGCAUUGGGCAGCAUGGGGUAACUUUUUAUGAACAUGAAAAUCUGGUCACAUAUUCAAAUGUUUACAUUUGCAAAUGCAAAUGUGUUGUUUUACACACUUCAUGGGUUAUCCAUUAAUGGUUUUAUAUAGAACAUGUUUCCCUCAGGUUCACCUUUUAGGAGACUAAGGACCAUUAAUUAUCCAAUGAACUUAAAGGAACCUCAGGAAAAACUGUUUGCACCAUUCCUUUACCCAGUUAAUACAUAUAUGUUUGGGAAAGGGGUUCUUCAGUGGUUCUUUGGAUGGCUUAAAACUCAAAAACUCCUUCUUAACUUGCUUCUUAAAAAGGUUCUUGAUGCAUUUCUGAUAUACUUUUUGAAGCAUUUUGAUGUAAUGUUUUACAAUAAAUCUUUAAGCAUCCCACCAAAGGUUCUUACAGGUGAGGCUUGAAAGUUUCCCACAGGCUUCAUGAUAAUUAAGAAAGUUGUGGAUUCCUGAAUUCUUCCUGGACCUUUAGGAAAACCCUUGUUUUGUUCUAAACCAAACCUUGAAAGGUUUCUCCAGAAGCACAACCUAAGGUUUCUAAUUAAAAUAAUAAAGAAUCGAGAAAAAA